AUGAAGCCCAGUACGUAUGUGUAUCUGGCGGCCUACUUUGGUCUUUCCACUGCUGCUCCCUGGAACAACAAGCGUGAUACCAACACUUGCCCUUGUGCUCCCGAUGGCCAGGCUUCCACGUCUACUCAGACCAUCACUCAAUGGUCUACUCAGACUCGCACCCACACCAUCACCGAGCACGUCACUCACUACAUGACCACGACUGCUGCUGGCUCAGCAGUUCCGUCUGUACAGACUGACGCUGCUGCUUCGUCUGCUCCUGGCUACCAGGGCAGCAACUAUGGUGGUGCAUCUUCGGCUUCGCCCUCGACUUCUGAUGUCGAUGCCAUCCCAGCGAACGGCUCUCCUACUGGAGCCGCUCCCGGCAACUCUGGUGCCAUCACCACUCUGCCUACUGCCCCGACCGAUGGCAACAACUUCACCCCUAUUGCCACUGGCGGUGUUCCGGCAGUCACCGGCACCACUACCAUGGGAUCCGCAGGCCCUGAGAUCGUCUACGUGACUGAUAUCGUCUCUGAGACCGUCACCACUUGCCCUGUUGGCCACACAAUCUCGGAGGGUGGUUCUACCACUGUCUUGACCGCUCCUAGCGUCAUUACUUCGACCAUCACCAACAAGGCCACAGUCACCUCGACUGCUACUGGUUCGACUCUCUCGAGCGCCGACGCCGCCAUGCCUUCCUCGCCCGCCCCUGCUGCCAGUGAGGGCGUUCCUGCUGGAUCCCAAGGUGUCCCUAUCGCUUCUCAGGGUGUACCAGUCAAUGGAAACUCCGGACCUUCUGCGUCUGAGGUCCCUGCUUACAGUGCUCCUGCCUACGGUGCUUCGACCCCUGCUGCUCAGUCGACCUCUGAUGUCGAUGCUGCCAUGCCUCCGGCCGCCACCGAGGGCGUUCCUGCCAGCGGUAAUGGUACUCCUGACGUUCCUGCAUCUUCUCAGGGUGUUCCCGACGUGCCUGCUUCCUCAGAUGUGCCUGCUGUCCCCGCCUACGGCAGCACUGUCGUCGUUCCUACCACCUCCACCGUCAUGCCCGUCCCUUCUUCGCCUCCCAACACUGACGAGACCCCCAACAACAUGCCCUCUUUCGGCCAAUACUGGGGAACCGCAUCUGGUGGUGCUUCUUCGACUCUGCCUGCCGGCGCUGCUGCUCCUUCUGGCCAGAUGCCCUCUGUCUGGUACCCCAGUCUAUGGAACACCGCUGUCCCCGUUUCGUCCGAGUCUAGCCCCGAUGUCCCAGUUCCUACGUCUGCUGGGCCCAUCACAAUCACUCUCUACAGCACUCAAGUCGGUACCGUUACCUCUUGCGCUGCUGACGUGACCAACUGCCCUGCCUCAUCGACUGUUCUGAGCACCACUCUUAUUCCUACUGGCACCUCCGUCACCGACAUCGUUUCUGGUGUUGCUCAGCCCACUGGCGCUGGCUACACCUGGUCGAGCCCUUACUCAGCCGGUGUUACCGCUCCCUCGAGCGCUGCUCCCAGUGAGAGCGUUGUUCCUAGCGACAACGCAACCGAUGCUAUCGCCGCCACCACGGAUUCUGCUCAAGGUGUUCCCACACCCGCCGCAACUGAUGCAUCCCCUUCUGACAUUCCCGCAUCGAGCUCUGACGUUCCCGCAUCGAGCUCCAACUCCGCUUCGCCUCCUACUUACGGAUCUGGUGCCUAUGGUGAGAGCUCUGGCUCUGAUAGCUCUUCUCCCUCUGCCCCUGUCGAGUCGCCCGCUGCCACUCCCAGCGACAACUUGACCGAUGCUGUUCAAGGUUCUACACCCACUGACGUUCCUGCUUCGACCUCGCCUUCUGACAUUCCCACUUCGCCCGAAUCUGCUUCGCCUUCCGAAUCCGCUUCCUCGCCUAUUGAAAGCUCUGGAUCUGACGUCCCUGUCUACGGCGCUGGCUCGUACGGCUCCGGCUCUCAGGGUCCUUCAUCUUCCGACUCGCCCAUCGGCACUCCCGCUGAGUCCGCCUCUGCUGUCCCUAGCGACAACGCCACAGAUGCGAUUGAGAACUCGCCCGCCCCCACUGAUGCUCCUUCGUCUUCUUCGUCGCCUUCUGACGUACCCGUCUCGCCUACCAGCGUCCCCGCUUACGGUCAGGACAACGGUUCCAACUCUUCUCCCUCGUCCGUUCCCAGCAACUCGAUCGCAGACGCUGCCAAUGGCAUGCCCACAGGCACCGAUUCGUCCCCUGCUGUAACUGGCGCUCCUGGCGCUGAGGGUAAUGCUUCAGGGUCUCUCUCAGGAUCUGCACAAGGUGGUAUCGGCAGUGGUCUUAAUGGCUCUAGCGCCAUCGGUGGUGGUGCCGGUUUGUCUGCUGGUGCCUCGCCUUCAGGUUCUCUCGCUGCAGGCGCCACAGGCGCUGCUGGCGCAGGAAUUAACGGAGGUCUUGGUGCUGGAAUCAACGGAGGAGCUGCUGGUGAUCUCAACGGAGGUGCCUCAGGAUCUCUCGGUGCUUCAGGUAAUCUUGGUGGCUCGGCCCAAGGUGGUCUCGGUGCCGCACUCGGCGGCUCAGCCGGUCUCAACGGAGGAGCCUCCGGUGAGAUUGGUGGUUCAGGCUCAGCUGGUCUUAACGCAAACGGCUCAGGCUCAGCUGGCCUUGGUGCUGGAAUCAACGGAUCUGGCUCAGCCGGUCUGGACGCAGGAAUCGGCGGCUCGGCUGGCCUUGGUGCUGGCGCUACCGGUACUGGCAGUCUUGGUGCUCAAGGAACCGGUUCUGCUGGUUUGGGUGCUGGCAUUGGUGGUUCUGCCGGUCUUGGUGCAGGAAUUGGCGGCUCUGCUGGUCUCAAUGGAAACGCAGGUCUGGGUGGUUCAGCUGGUCUUCAAGCCGGUGCUGACGGCUCUGCCGGCGUUUCAGGCUCUCUUUCCGGCGCUGCUGGCGGUUCUCUCGAUGUCCAUCUCGGCCUUAACGCUACUGUCAACGUUUGGGGCACUUUCGAGAUCCUCGCCGACCACAUCCACUCCUACACUGCUGAGAUCAACGGCACUCUCAAGGCCAUUGGCUCGGCCAAGGCUUCUGCUGCUCAAAUCGCUGAGGUCAAGGAGAACAUCCAAGUUCUUAUCGGUCUCAUCGGCGAGGCCAAGGCUCACCUCAGCAUUGUCGGCGGUAUCUCUGGUCACAGCAACGCUGAGCUCGCCAGCUUGAUCGCUGAGCUCCUCCUCGAGGUCGAGUUCACCGUCAAGUUCGCUGUCAAGGUCUGUGGCUUUGGCGCUCUCAAGGGUGUUGUCUUCUCCCUCGCCGCUGCUUGCCACGGUCUGAUCACCAUCGCUUGCUCCGUCGUCGUUGGUCUCAAGGGCGAGCUCGCUGCUCAUCUCCGCGGUGUCGUCGGCCUAGGUGCCUACAUCCUUGGUUCCAUCGUCUCUUUCAUCCUCUAG